GCUGUGCCACCACGAUUAUGAUACACAGCAGAUAAAUACAAAUAUUUUGAUUUACUGUGACAGUGAGUUCCAACACUAUCGGAGGAGUGCCGUAUGUGUUUGAGAGAGAUAUCCGCUUCAUUUUGUUGAUAGCUUGCAAGUCAACGGGCUUGCCAGGCAGUUUGGAAGCGUCCGAUCGGAAAGGUGUUUUGAGAGGAGGGUGGGUUACGCCAGAUGCAUUCCUAGACUCGUGUGAUUGGUCUCCACUUGGACACAAUGGAGGAGACAGACCUAGACGAGGUCACCCACGCUCUGCUGGAUGCAGCCAAUGACAAGGACCCGGUGGUACAGGAGCAGGUGAGGAAGUCCAUAUUGACACUGGGCAACCAGCAACCGGACAAGGUGCUCACCAUGUGUCAGGACUACCUGGUCAAACAUCCCAAGCUGGUCGUGGGACACAGAGUGGUUAUACUGCAGACCAUUGAACUGGUGGUGAAGAGCAAAAUCGGUGAAAUCAGUGGUCCGAAAAUCAAGAGCAUCAUCUCUUUAGCGUCCGACGAGAUGACCAGGUCAAAGGAAGUGGUACCUGACUGGCAGCAGGCAGCCAGUAAUAUUUUAGUUGCUGUUGGGAAUAAAUACAUCAAUGACAUCAUGGAAGAAAUCCUCAGCAAAUUCCAGCCAGGGGUCCUGCCUCAUUUUUUCAUAGUUCAAACACUAGCCAGUCUCUCAGACUCCAACGUCUACGGUAUGGUACCGUUUCUCAAUGCCAUCCUGGGCACCAUGUUACCAAUGCUGGGCAUGGCCAAGCAGGACAACAUGAAGUGGGUUUUCUCCUCUGCCCUUUCCCAUUUCAGCGAGAGCAUUCUAGAAUACCUGGCCAACCUGGACAAGGCCCCCGACCCGACCGUACGAAAAGACACUUUCUCCAGCGAGAUCUACGCCGCCUACGACAUCCUCUUCGGCAGCUGGCUUCAGAGCCGCGAGCCCAAGUUACGUUUGACGGUGGCAGAAGCUCUGGGAUCUAUGAGUCAUCUCAUGGCGCACGAUAAACUGGAAGAGCAAAUUCCCAAGCUCAUUCCCACUAUCGCGGCUCUGUACAGAAAGAAUCCGGAGCACUAUAUCAUCAGCAAGAGUUUGUGUCAAGUCCUGGAUGCCUCUGUAAACAUGGGGAGCAGAGUACUUGAAACUCAGAUUGAUGGACUACUCCUCGCUCUACACCAACAGGUCUGUUCACCAGUGGACUACAACAACCCUCCGACAGUGAAAAAUCACAAUGAAGUUUUAAGAUGCUUCAGCAUCCUUGCAAACACCUUUCCAGACAGACUUAUCGUGUUUGUUCUUCAGAAACUGGAAAACAGCAAUGAGAGAAAUCGUGUCGGCUCACUGGCAGUGCUAAGACAUCUUAUUAACUCCUCCACGUCAAUCAUGGAGACUAAGAAGCUGCUGAUUCUGGCUAGUAUCAGGCAGCCACUGGCUGAUCACAGCAACAAGGUGAAAAAGAUGUUGGUUCAGGUGAUUAGUGCCAUGGCACAUCAUGGUUAUCUGGAGUUGGAGGGAGGAGAUUUACUGGUGAAGUUCAUUAUCCAACACUGUGCCCUCCCCGAUACCUACUAUCGUGGACAGAGGCCUGCGGAUCCUGAGGAAGUGACCAAUGAGGCGCUUAGAAGCAUGUGUGACAACACGCUUCACCUCUUCACUACCACAGUGGGCCGCCUGACCGACGUGCUAUGGCCCAUGUUGCUUUGCUACCUAACCCCAGUCCAGUACUCUAAUGCCACCACACCCCUCUGCAAAAGCCUCAUCCUGCUGGCCAAUAAGAAGCGAACUGCCCAGGAAGCCAACUUCACGAUCAACUUCAGUGCGCAAGGCACUAAUCUUCCCUCUCCACACACUUUGAUGAUAAGGCUUUUGGUGAAUGCUGCGUUUCCGUUUCGUUGCCGUGGUCAGGGUGCACCCUCACUGAGUUUACUCAAUGCUCUUAGUCCCAACAUCCACCCCAAAGCUGAGCAGCUGUGGGAAAAAGAGAUUCCCCAACUCCUGAGCUAUCUGGAGGAGUCUACCCCAGAAACUUUGAACAAAGACAAAUGGGAAGAUGGUCUGCUGAAGCUCCUGUCCAAAACUUUGGCAACCAUUGAUGACGGUCAAUGGUGCUGUCAGCUCGCUGUUGAGGGGACCCAGUAUCUACCAACCUACAACAACCUGCUUGAGGAGAAGAGCUUUCUAUACAAGUGCAUUGGGGUGACUCUACAGCAGUGUACCAAUAAAGAAUUGGUGAGAAAACAGCUACAGGAGAUCCUUAUCAACGCCCGACACAAUGACGCCAUUGAAAGAACGGGAGUUGCAAUGGGAUUGGGCUUGUGUGCCAACAGUCAUCUUGAUGGCACACUGGCAAAGUUGGAGGAGUUCGGGAAAUCUGAUGCGUUCAAGAAAGCCUCAGGGAUCUUUGGACUGCUUAAAGACAAGAAUGACGUGGAUGUGGAAAAGAUGAAAAGCACUUUGAUCUUGUGUUACGGUUACGUGGCCCUGCACGCUCCCGAGGACCAGAUUCUCAAUCGCAUCGAUAACGAUAUUCUACGGAGCAUCAGCAAGCACUUCAACACUAAGGUUCUGGGAAUUAAAGUAGAGACUAAGGACUUAACCAUGAAGCUCAGUUUGAUUCAGAGUGUGGGGCUUGUUGCCAAGGCCAUCAGCGCCUGCGUGCGUAAACAAAGUUACCUGUUCACCCGCAAACAAGAGCUCAUGACCGUCAUGAUGGACUUCAUUAAAGCAGAGCCAACUGAUGUCAUGCGGACUCCAAUUCGUCACCUGGUCAUGUCCACUUGUGCCAACCUUGUGAACUUGGAUCCACCACUAACUGAGAAUGAGAAUUUUGAAAUGAUUAGAACGUGUUUAAAUGGCGUGUAUGCGCUUCCCACCGUGGACACGCCAGACAAGACGAAAGAUGAAGAGACUCUGGAUCCACAGCAGAGAGAGGCUUUAUACACAAACACCUUCAAUGCACUUCAGGAGCUGUUGCAGAAUGUGCUUGGCCGAGACCUCAGCCCAGAUGGUCUUCAAACUAUUUUUAAGCACAUCGAGGCUUGGUUAAGCUCAGGCCAGGACCACGAACGGGAGAGAGCAGUGAAGACCACAGCAGAUAUACUGAGGUUCUACUUAACUAAUCUCAGUGUGAAGAAUCUGGUGACGUUCCAUAACCUUGGUGCCCUGCUUGGACGACUGGCUCCUCGGUGCACAGAUCCCAACCCAGCCGUGCGGAGAGCGGCCGUGGACUGCAUAUACCUCCUCCUACACAUUCAGCUUCGAUAUGAGGGGUUUGCCUUGGACUACAGAGAUGAUUCUGUGGAGAGCCUGCUAAGUUUGCAGGAACAGCUGAACGACCCUGACAGUUCUGUCCUCUAUAAAGUAUGCUCUGACCUCACCAAGAUCAUCAGUAAGCGUCUGCCUCAGCCGCAACUCAGCACUCUCAUUUUCAUGUUGUUUGAGGGACUGGUGGACUCCCAGUCAAACUGCUCUCGGGCUUCCAGUGUUAUUCUCAACACUCUGCUCAAAAACAGAGGAGCAGGACUACAGGACUUGGUCCCAGAAAUGUUGGAGGUUCUGCAUAUUCGGCUGCAGGUGAUCACAGAGGACCAGGUCAGAGUAGCUGUGGCCCAGGCCGUUCUCAUCCUGGCCACUCAGCAUCUGCAGACAGUCAUCAACACACUGAUCUCCUACCCACUUCCCUUCGACAACUGGAGCUGUGAGAUGUGGAUUGCUUUAGGAGCGGACAGUACUUUGGCUUCUCAGAUAAUGGAGAUGAUCAUUGAGAAGCUGAAUGUAAUGGCGCCCUAUGUGGAUAAGAAGGAGUCCAUGCUGAGGCCUGGCCUGACCAAAGUGGCCACAAGUCACCCUUUAGCCAUGACUUGCGCUUUGAGGGAGCUGAUGCUUAACGGCCAGGCGGCAGAGGCCGUGUCGUCUCUUUUUCCUCAGCUCUUCAGUGCUCUGCUGGUACGCCUGGGCUCCAGCGUGGGAGUCCAACUCCCCAAAGACAUUAACAGCAACAGCAUAAGCCCAGAGAGAAAAGCCUCAGGCAAGACAGCUGCCAACUUUGACGUGUGUGGCGUGGCGGUGGAGGCUUUGCGGAUCCUUCUAGCGCGUGCCCAGCUCGACGGAGUGGUGAAACCUCUCGACCAGGAGGGGGCCUGGGACAAAAUGAAGGACCCGCAGCAACACCUGGCAGGUGUCACCUUGCUUUCCAGAGCUAUGGCGAAACACGCCGGGCCCAAACUCCCAUCUAUUUUGGAGAAUCUUUCUCCCAGUCUCAACAACAUCUACGAGUGUCAGAGAAUCACCAUCAUAGCUUUCCUCUCAGAGUUGCUGAACCACCACGUGGUGACAGAGCUGAUGAUGAUGGAUACGCUGAUGAAUAGUAUGAUGGAGCGCGUCUCUGACCCCUGCUGCACGGUGCGCAUGCUGGCCUUACGAGGCCUGGGGAACGUUGCCACAGGAUCGCCUGAGAAGGUUAACAAGUAUGCCAAAGAGCUGCUUGCAGCCAUGAGCUCAGGUAUGGAGGAGAGAGACGACCCUGGUAAUCUCAUUACACUGGAAGCCAUGUCUGGCCUGUCCAAAGUGCUCCUCUACCUGGACGAGAGGAAUAUUCACCUGCUCGUGGUUUACAUCUUCAUGAAGAUCAAGCCCUUUCUGGAGAACGAGAAUGAUGAAAUUCGCUACGCUUCCAUCAUGCUGUUGGGAAACCUGGCCAGAUUCGGAACAGCUGAGACGUUACUGAAGGAUCAGAUCCACAACAUACUGGUCAACUUGCUUUUACACCUGAGUGACCCUAGCACACAAGUGGUUAAGGCAUGUAAGUAUGCUAUGAGGGCGUGCGCUCCCGUUGUGGACUCUGAGCAAAUUUCCACCAUGUUCCAGAACCAUCUACAUGAAGACAAGGGUCUGCAUUAUGGAGAGUUCGUUAAUGACCUCACCAAAUACAUUAUUCAGGACUUUCCAAGCAUGCUCAACUUCUAUCACAUCUCCGUCCUCCAAUUCUUCAAAAGCAACUGGGCCGAAAUCAGAGCCAGCGCCGCUAUGUUCGUCGGUUUUCUCCUCGGCAACCUUCCUGAGGACUACUUCAGUCAUAUAAACAUGGGCAGUGUGACUAAAGGACUAGUGUUACUGCUCCAAGACCCAGAUCCUUUAGUCCGAGCGAAGGCAGCUGAGGCUGUCGGCCACUUCCACUGAAAAUCCCUCUGUUUGCCUUUUAUUUUUGUUUUUUUUGUUGUUGUUUGUUUGUUUUGAAUUCCCUCCCCCCCUUUUUGUUUCUUUUUCACCUUGAGCAAGGCAAAAGCAUUAAAGUAUUGUACUUGAAUUAGCACUUAUUGGAUUUUAGCGACCAAAGACUGUGUAACAGUUAAACAAUUCAAACAAAUUGUAUCGUCAUUCCAGCAGUUUGAAGUGGUUUGUGUGUGUGUUUAUUACGUGAGUUUAAAGUGUGCAUUAGACAUAGCUAUCUGACAAACCUCUGAAUGACAGAAAAACAAGACCAUCGAACGGGGACCCUCAGAAUCACGUUUCAUGGACCUCGACGGUUCAGUCAGUCCGCUUCCCGCUGAACCGACCUAAUGAUCGAAUUCAAUAUUUGACUGACUGCUGGUGUGAAUUUCACCUUGUGUAACAAACUUUCCGUUCACUGCAUGGCGCAUUAUAGGGUCCUUAGCAAUAUCCAAUCAUCAGACCAGAUUUUAUGGCCAGUGAAGUAACCAGACACUAUGAAUUACAUUUCCAGAGACUCAAAUAUACUACCCUCAUCCUCCACAAUUUUCAGUCUGUAUAACAAAAUCAACAAUAAUUUACGGUGCAAGGUUUCCAACACCUACAGUUUGCACAGAUAACUCCGGUUCACCGUUUCUCCUUUCUCGUCCGCUGCAGACGCAUAUACAGGUUAACACACUAUUGAUACUGUGGGCAAUCCCGUCUUUCAUUAAUGCCAGAGUGUUUAGCAGCAGGACAAUAUUCCUGUAUACAGAAAUACCACAAUUACAAUCUGUUCUUCCCUCUGACCUGAGGCAGAAAAUGUAGGAAGCGGGCUCACAAAGGCUGUCGGAAACAGUGCCAAAUUCUCUGUUUGUUUGCAGAUUGGGGCAUCAUUAUGUUUCUUGUUUCGUAUGUUUGUAGCUCACUCGCCGACCUCAGCCGUACAACAGUCGAGUCCUCGCGAUGCUGUGUUUACUUUUCCGUUCUAUACGGUACGGUUUCAGUGUCACUUGCGCUAGUCUUGGAAGUGUCUGUGGAGUUGUUUGGGGAAUCAUUAAAUAAAGGUAUAAAAUGCCUCUUGUCUUCAUGGAUAUUAUCCAAUUUCUCUGUUGCAUUGCAAUGU